UGUGUUUCCUGAGCAAAAGCCAAGCUCUGCUGCUCACAGCUCAUCCAGCCACCAUGAAGACCACAGGGCUGCUGCUGCUGCUCUCUCUGGCCCUGUUCUGCAUCUCAGUUCCAGCUACUGAUGCGCUGCAGGCUGCAUCCAUCUACUGCAGGAACCAGAGGACUCUGAGGAAUAUGUGUUCCAUGGAGUAUAUGCCCCACUGCGGCUCUGAUGGUGUCACGUACCCCAACAAAUGCAUGUUCUGCAAUGCAUACCUGAGAAGCCGUGGAGAUCUUGGUUUGAGAUCUCUUAAUGCCUGUUAAGUUCUCAACGGGAUUCAACUGAGAAAGCUGGUGAUGUUCCCCAUGGCAGAUGACUUCCUAAACCCUUGACCCGACCCUUGAAAACCUCUUAUCAAUCCUGAAACCCCUGCUAAUAAAAAAAAAA